AUGAGUCAACCAAAACAGGCCGAUGCAGAACACAAAGCGACCGCCUUCUACAUCAGAUUCAAAGCCGAGCUGGCUGCCAACGUUUACACAGAGGUCGUUUAUGCCGUAAACAAGGAAAGAAUGGAGGAAAAUGGCCCGAUCGCUGCCACGGAUGACCUCAAGAUAGUUUGCAAGGUUGAGGUUACAGUUGAUUCCCCUAAGAAAUACUAUCAAGAAUUCCAAGACAGUGCCAAAGAUGCUGAAAUCGUUUGGGAUCUAAGUUUCGCGGCCGAUGUCACGAGAGAUCUAAUGCAGGAGGCCACAGUCUUCACAAGAUUUACCCCCUGCCUGACGAAACAUCAUCACAGAUGCCAUACUUCCGCUGCAAUCCGCAAUAAACCCGACUGGACCCUCAACACUUUGCCUGUCCUGUUGUGCCUGCGAACAGCGGCGGCCAUCCCAUUCGUCACCAAUGUCCACACCGGCAUUUUCUAUCAAGGCACAUCCGCGGACGAUGUCGAGCAGUCCCAAAGUGUUUCCUACGCUGAAGACACUUCAGGUGCCAACCGUUUCGCGCCACCUGUACCCUACCUACUGUAUUUGAUCAGCUGA